GAACUCACCGUCCGCCCUCAAUCCAGCGCUCUUUAUUCGCAAACUGUUGUAAACUAGUGCACUGCUGUGCACUUGAUUCGGCGUAACUGAUCAUGUGUUUCGUGUACAUUCUCAUGUGAGAUUUCAUCGAAGUCAUCGAAGCAAAAACGUGACGAAAUACGAAUGCAAUUAUCAACGCACACAUAGUUUCGAUCUACUUAGUCAGAAUUUACGUCGUUCUUUUUGAAUAGAACAAAGAUGGCAAGUACAGCGGUAGUCGCAGGCAUAGGAAUAGCCAUCAUUGGAUUUGGAGGACGAUUCAUAAUUAGAAGAAUGCCAAUGCUAACUGAAAAAAUGGCUGAAGCCCUCAAAACAAUGCCAAAACUAGAUUCACAGUCUUUGGCGAACAGUAAAUAUUAUAAGGGUGGGUUUGAGCCGACAAUGACAAGAAGGGAGGCGAGUCUGAUUCUUGGAGUGUCACCAACAGCCAACAAGCUCAAAGUCAAAGAGCAAUUUAAAAAAGUGAUGUCUGCCAAUCACCCCGAUCGAGGCGGUUCUCCGUACUUAGCAGCAAAAAUAAAUGAAGCAAAAGAUUUGAUGGAAAAGUCCGGAUGAAAUGAAGAUCAAUUUGUUGUAGGAUGAUUAUUUAAUUUGGACGAAUGAUUCAUUUGUUAUAGGAAACAAAUUUUCAAAUGUACAUAAUAAUCUAUAAAUAAGUGGCUCUUUCUUGUUCUUACUCGAUGAACCAUAAGUAUGUGAAUGUAACUUCAUUCAAAUGUGAAUAAAUAGCUAAAUGUGGA